UCGGUGACCUCCAGGAAUCAUUCUCACUUGUGUCUUUUUGCUCGAGGUUGAUUGACACCUCAUACAUCAAAGCAGCGCACGCCACAGCCGGCCGCGUAGGACCAUCGCCACGUCACAAUUUGCUACCAGUGAAGUGGAGGGGUCUGCGAGAACACUAGUAUCUGAAUAUCAGCAAUCCGCUGUGUUAUGACUGUGGUGACCCUAAAGGCCUUCUUGGAAACUGGUUUAGUGUUCACAUCGAGGUUAUGUCUCUUCCUGGCGUGUCGCAAGUACCUGCUGCGUCACUUGUAUCAUGACCUACAAGAUCUUUCCGCUCAACGGACGACGGACCCUGGAACGCCGCCAGUGGCCGAAGCGGACAACAUCGAGCUAGAAACGCUCCCAGAGCCAUCUACCGCCACAGUGAAGCGAGCGUCAUCUCUGACCGGACAAAGGCCAUUCCACUCCGUCCUUUCCAGGAGCCUGUUUGCGUUGUGCUUUUCAGAGAGCUGCACUCUGUUUCUCUUGCUGAUGUGUCAGGCUUUCGACAUACUGGAUGCCCGAGCUCGUCUACUCAACUGGAAUAUCUCAUUGUCGCUUCUGCUGGCGGCCAUUCUCAUUCUCAUCCCGCUGUCCUACAGCCUUGUUGUGAGUGAUUCAGCCACGGGUGCAGGGCUUCGUUCCAGACAGCGGCCAUCUGUCUUCCGGGUGCUACUGAACUUCAUACCAGUCGGCUUGUUCCUGUUCCUACUCGGCAUGAUACCGCUACCCUCUGCGCUGCCAACGUCUGGGAUCAUCGUCGCGACACUGGCUCGAUUGACUGUGUUGGGCACCAUCAUCCUCGGACUACUAUCUGGGUUUGGUGCAAUCAACACAGCAUGGAUAUACUUCCCCGGGCUCUAUGGAAAGCAAAGUUCUCAUCCAUCCGAUGACGAUAUCCGUAUGGCAGAGCAAGGUCUACAGCGAGUGCAAAGCGACCUUGCCCUACGCCGGCAGGACGUACAGAAACUCCAAGCAGCGCAGCAGCAGGCAAGCCCCGACACGGGCUGGUUCUCUCGGAUGGCCACGAACCUUCGUGGCGAUAGUCAGCUAUCAGCUACGAUGCAGGAGCUGAACGGGCUGGAAGCGCUCGAGUACGAGAUGUCGCGAAACUUGGAGACACUGAAGGAAAGGCAAGCUGACGCAAAGUUUUCGCGCACCAUCGGCGGGAGAAUAUUCAACUGGGGCGGCCGGCUCUUCGCCAUCUACUGUAUCUUCCGGAUACUCAAUUCGCUAGUCAACCUCGUCACACCUGUCCCGCCGUCGACGAGUCCAGCACAGUCCCCUCGCAGCGUCGACAUAUUGAGCAUCGGGCUCGCGAAGUUGCUGUCUUUGUUGCCUUCGGUGCAUAUUGGGGAUGAUGGGGUGGCCGUUAUAUCACGACAGAUCAGCCUCGGGCUGGUGGGGGUGAUCAUUCUCAGCAGUAUUCGGCUCGUGCUCAGAGGCGUGGCCAGGGUCCUUCGCGUCACGAGUCGGAACCUUGGCGCGUCACUCAUGUUGCUCAUCCUUGCGCAGCUCAUGGGUAUCUACCUCCUCUCCACUCUCGUGCAGCUGCGAACUGCCUUCCCUCCCCCUCCACUACGGCCCGAUGUCUCGCCCGACGUCGGGCUCGUGAAUCUCUUCUCGACACUACCUGAGUACCAGCUCUUCGGGUCUCUCUUCGACGGGUCAUUCCUGCUCGCUGCCGCGGGAGGUGCGGUGGUGCGGUGGUUUGGCGACAGGAUGCGUAAUGCUGGACAAAUGGAUUGAUAGGAUACCCUGUGGAUUUUUCCAUCGUGAUGUGCCACUUACAUAACUGCCGCCGCAGUGUGGCGUUUACGUGCGAAGACGGUGGUGUAUCAUCGGGCCAGCGGUAAUUUCCCCAUCGACUAGCGUCCGUAACCUCGUUCUUCACCGCGCGAACUUAUAUCGCGGCUCUCAGCGCGCUGGACAUACGAUACAACGUUCUCGCCAUUGUGUACAACGGCAUGGUUCUAAUAGUAAGAGCGCCCACUCCUAGCGAUUAGCGCUUAGCAUUGCCGCUCGGUCUCCCAAAAAUCAAGGCGCAA